AUGGAUAACAGCAGUUUGGGGUGGCUCGAAGAUGCUAACACGUCCCUUCAGAUCGAACUUCAGCCCUGUUCUACAUUGAGAAACCAGAUUUCACGCAUUUUCCUCUAUGCCUUCCUCUCUGUUGGCAUCGUCUGCACAGUGGUGGGCAACUUCCUGGUGGUCUUGUCCAUCGCUUACUUCAAGCAGCUCCAGUCCCCUACAAACUCCUUCGUCAUGUCCCUGGCAGUGGCUGACUGCCUCGUUGGCCUGGUAGUCAUGCCAUACAGUAUGAUACGGACUGUGGAGGGAUGCUGGUUCUUUGGUUCCCUUUUCUGUCAACUACACUCGAGCCUAGACGUUAUGCUCUGUACUGCUUCCAUAUUCCAUCUCAGCUGCAUUGCCUUUGACCGCUAUUAUGCCGUCUGCAACCCUCUAGUUUACUCCUUAAAGAUGUCCAGCAGUCGGGUAGCUCUUCUCAUUGCUAUAUGUUGGGCUGUUCCCAUGCUCAUUUCAUUUGGCCCCAUUAUGCUUGAUCUUCAUGUUGCUGAUGUAGACAUAUUGCUUCCUAAAGAUGUAUGCGUGUUUUUGGUCAGUCGCAUUUACGCUGUCAUGGCUUCCUUGGUAGCCUUUUACCUGCCCAUGGCUAUAAUGCUAGUGGCCUACUGGAAAAUCUUUAAAGCUGCUAAACGGCAGGCCAGGCAGAUCAGUGCUAUGGAAAGCCAGAUGGCUGCUGGAGUGGGCAAAGACUCGAGCAAGAAAAAAAGACACCGUAACACCAUGAAGAGGGAGAGGAAGGCAGCAAAAACUUUAGGUAUCAUCAUGGGAGUUUUCCUUCUCUUCUGGAUGCCCUUCUUCACGGUCAACAUUGUGGACCCAUUCAUUGACUACAGCACAGAGGUGGUCGUCUGGGAUAUAUUUCUGUGGUUAGGAUACAUCAACUCAUCUCUAAAUCCCUUCCUGUAUGGUUUUUUCAACCGUUCCUUUCGGAGGGCAUUCCUCAUGUUCAUGGGCUGCAGGGUAUGCAUGCCUGGCUCGUCCCCUGGGAUGGAGUUAUCGCACACUAGGAAAGAGGCAAAUGAAUGUGCAGAUCAACCAUGA